AUGUCUACUUCUUCUUCUUCCGAUGAGCACUACUCGGCCACACACGUCGGCGGCCACUCCCACUCCCGCCAGAGGAGGAGGCGGCGGUCCGUGAGGCGGGCGGUGAAGUUGCUGACGGCGGCCACCAUGUGCACGGCCUUCGCGCUGCUGUUCGGGUUGACGGUCACGGCGACGGUGGUGGGGCUGGUUGUGGCCACCCCGCUACUGGUCAUAUUCAGCCCCGUGCUGGUCCCCGCCGUGCUGGCAGCGGCGGUGGUGGGGGCGGGGUUCUUGGUCUCCGGCGGGUGCGGGAUGGCGGCGGCGGGGGCGCUGGUUUGGGUUUACGCUUACGUCACGGGGAGGCGGCCGCCCGGUACGGAGCGGCUGGAGGGCUACUACGGCAGCUGGCCGGCGCCCAAGGAUAAGGCUUUGGAUGGGUACGUUGAUCGUCAUGAUGACGCCACGACCAAUCAUCUUCCUCCAGCUGGAGCUGAUUAA